AGAGACCACGAGAAAGCAACAAAAGAAAGAUAGAUUUCCCCUAUAUUGACUGCAUUUAUUCGUUAUGGGCGGGCCUGGAAGAGGCGGACCACAAUAGUCUAGAACCGGCGACGUCGGGGACACAUGUCAUCAAUUUUAUCAGUUACGCCAAUAUGCUCCUUUCGAAACAGUAACUGAGAAAAAUCUCCAUUUAGUAAAGCAGAGAAAGGAUACCGGUCAAGUCACUUGUCAUAUAGUAAAAAAGAUAUUUUUGGAAGACUUGUUCUAUUUGAGUCAAUGAAGAACAUAUAUAAUAAGGUAGUACUUGAUGUUAAUACUAAGAAAUUUAUCAGAUGGAGGAGAUUUCAUUUGAAAGCCUUGUUUCCGAAUACCUGUGGGAAACUGAUGAAAAAGAUUUGGUGGCUGUGUCAAUGUUCGACUUGAUGUUUCAAAAGGAUCCAAAUUCCUUUGCUCUUAAACUUGAUGUUGGUUCUUCACAUGAUGACAUUGAUUUCCGUACGAAAUGUGUUGCCCUCUUUUUCACGUUGGUUAAUGACUUUUGCCUUUGGAACAGUUUAAGCGUUUCAACUCAAUCCAUUUUAAAGUCUAAUCUCCUUAUGCGUCUCGAGCUCGAACAAUCAACAUACAUCCACAACAUGCUCUCUCGAACCGUUUUGGAACUAGCUGCUUCACUUCUGCCCGAUGACAAUUGGCCUGAAUUAUUGCCAUUCUUGUAUCAUUGCGUCACUGAUUCCAGUUCAAACAAGUUGUUAAAAGACUCAGUUUUCUUAAUAUUUUGCCUUCUAGGUGAAAAGAUUGGCGAAAAAAUACUUCCUUGGGUACGAGAUUUGCACUCUUUAUUCCUUAAUACACUGAAUGACCAUAAACUCGAUCUCAAUGUGAGGAUCACGGCCAUGUUUGCUGUGCACAUCUUCAUUCAGUGCACACCGAGUUCAUAUGAAAAGGAGCGGUUUCAGGAUUUACUGCCAGGGAUGAUGAAAACGCUGACUGACACAUUAAUGACAAAUGGGGAAAAUCAAGGGGCAGCACACGCCGCGCUGGGUUUUCUUAUACAGUUGGCGAAGAAUGAGCCUAGGUUUUUGAGGCUGCAACUAGUGGAAGUGGUUAAUACCAUGUUUGAGAUAGCAGAGGCUAAGAUUUUGGAAGAUAAGACAAGGCGUUUGGCAAUUGAAUUUCUGUUAACUUUGGUCGAGGCGAGGGAGAAAGUCCCCGGUAUGAUGAAGAAGCUGCCACGGUUUAUUGACACUUGUUUCACAAUGUUUUUGAAUUUGAUACUGGAUAUUAAAGAUGAACCUAGUUGGCAUAGUGCUGAGGGUGCAGAGAUGGACGACCACCUUAAUAGAUACUGGGAUCGAUGGACAGUGGACAACUACCUUUAUGGUGCCAUCCGUUUACGCCGAUUUUCUAAAGCAUUAGGUGGCAACAUUAUUGCUCCUAUUGCCAUAGAACAGCUGAGUUCUUACGUGGUUGCCCCUGAGUGGGAGAAACGCCACGCAGCUCUCAUGGCACUUGCUCAAAUUGCUAAAGGUAGCUCAAAGGUGAUGAUGAUCAAGUAUUUGGAGCAAGUAGUGAAUAUGGUCCUGCAUUCUUUUCGAGAUUCUCAUCCUCGAGUCAGAUGGGCUGCUAUUAAUGCAAUUGUCUAUUUGUCGACCGACUUCUGUCCAGAUUUGCAAGAACAGUAUCAUAACCAAGUAUUGCCAGAAUUAGCUGCAGCUAUGGAUGAUUUUCAAAAUCCUCGAGUGCAGGCAUGUGCAGCUACAGCUUCCGUGAUGUUCCUACUUGCACUUAAAGAGCCAAUAAGCUCUUCCCACAUUGAUGGAAUACUUAACAAACUGUUUGUACUUCUACAGAAUGACAAUCAAAUGGUUCAAGAUGAAGCAUUAUAUGCAUUGGGUAGUGUAGCUUAUCUCUAUAAGGAGCACUUCCAAAAGUACUAUGAUUUUCUAAUGCCAUAUUUAAGAACGAUCUUGGUAAAUGCAAAUGAUGAAUCUAAUCAGAUGCUUCAAAGCAAAGUUGCGCUUGCUGCAGGCAAAGAGAAAUUCAGAGAUGACUUGAAGCAGGUUAUGGAAGUGCUUAAGUACUCCUUACAAGAAUCACAUGUGACAGAGUAUACAAAUAUUCUUUGCUGUCUAAAGGCAUCAUACGGGAUUUGUGUGUGCAUUGGGAAGGAGUUUCUUCCUUACAUGAGAAUAGUCAUGCCAUAUGCAGUUGAAUGUGCUCGACUUGAGCCCGAUAAGACUGUAUCCUCAGAUAAACUAUAUGAUAGUAUGCACAAAGUCAUGUUUGGGGGUGAAAUGAUAUGCAUCUAUGGAAGUGACCUCCUCGAAGGGAAAUCAAUGUUGUGCUCGGCCCUUAAAUUAUAUGCUCAUGAAUUGGGGGAAGAUUUUUAUCCAUGGAUUCCCAAGGCUGCUUCAAUUUUAAUUCCGCUUCUGAAAUUCUAUAUCCACUCUUCUGUCAGGGAACGUGCUAGUUGUGCAAUGGUAUCCUUGUUGCGUUCUGCUAAACUGGCAGUAGAGAAAGGGACUGCUCGAGGUGGAAACAAGUGGUACUUGAAGCGGUUGCCUGGCCGUAUAAUAUUGGCUUUGGGGGACGCAUUGUAUUUGGAGCCUGAGACAAAACUAUGUGAAAAGAUAUUGCAGGAAUUGAAUAAUAGCCUAAAUGUAUGUCAGAUCGGUGGAUCACUUCUCAAUGAAUAUCAGGUUCAUAGAAUCACAGAUGGGAUAAAGCACGUCAUUAUAGAAAGUUCACGUAGAAAAGGAAAACUGAGAGAGAGAGAGAAAUCAGAAGACUUUGAUGCUGAGGAAGCUGAAUUGCUGAGGGAGGAAAGAGAGCUAGAAGAAAAAGUAUUUUAUAGGGUUGGUUGCAUAUUGUUGACAUUGAUCAAAACCUUCAAGGCUGCUUUCUUGCCUUUCCUUGAUGAGCUUUCCUCAUAUCUAAUGCCUAUGACAGGCAAGGAUAAAACAGCUCAAGAGAGAAGUGCAUGUGUAAAUAUCUUUAAUAAACUUGUGGAGGAAUGCAACGAAUCAGCUCUAAAGUAUUAUAAUAUAUGUCUUCCUUUUCUUUUGGACUCAAGCAACGACGAAAAUCCAGUUCUUAGAGAGAAUGCACUUUAUGGACUUAGGCUUUGUGCGGAAUAUGGUGGUUUUGUUUUCAAACCAUUUAUUGGAGAGGCUCUUUCAAGGAUCAAUGUUGUGAUAACACAUCUGCAUGCUCUUGCACCUGAAAAUGAACAGGCAUAUCAUGAUGCUGUUUUGGCACUUGGUCAGAUAUGUCAGUUUCAUCGGGAAAGUAUUGACUCCACGCAGAUUAUUCCGGCUUGGUUGAAUUGUCUGCCUAUAAGAGGUAACAUGGUUGUUCACGACCAGCUCUGUUCAAUGGUCGAAAGGUCAGACAGAGAACUUUUGGGUCCCAAAUAUGAGCACUUUCCAAAAAUUUUGUCAGUUUUUGCAGAGGUUCUAUGUGCUGGAAAAGAUCUUGCUACUGAAGAAAUGAAAAACCGAAUGAUUAAUCUGUUGAGGAAUCUUCAGAAAACAGUACCAGUAGCCACCUGGGCAUCGGCGUGGUCAUUGCUAUUGCCUCAGCAGGAGAUGGAACUGGAAUCCAUUCUAUCACCUAAAGAAGAUGCUAAUUUGUCAUCAGUGCAAUCAGGGGCAAAGUUAGGUGGACGCAAGGGGCGGCCGUCGUCAAAAACUAAUAUUGCGCAAAUAGGGUAAAAUAAUUCUCUUGACAAAAGGGAAGAUGCUAGUGGAGUGGCAAAGGUGGCUUAAAAAUAGCUUCAGGUUAUAGGUUCAAAUCCAACCGUAGCAUUCUUGAAAUUUUCUGAUAUUCUAACUCCACAGCUGAGUGCAAUGAAUCUAUGAUUUCUGCAACUGUGUCGUUCAAAUAUUUGACCAGGAAGAUGAAGGUAUGAUGCAAUUUUCUAGCCAAUUGCUGUUUGCUUGAAUCUCAUUCAGCCAACGGGUGAAUAGAUGGUUCCUGUACAGCUGCUCUGAACUGCUUAUUAUCCCAAUUCAGAAGCGGCUAUAUUUCAUAGUGAAAGCUCUACCCCUUCCUCCAUUAUCAUGAAAGUUUCUAAAAGAUAUGUUGAGCAAGAAAAUCAGUUAACAUGAUCAAGAAGUUAUGUGAAACCA